AUGAGAUCGAUGAAGAGCAUGAGAAUUCCCCCACAUGUUCGGCAUCUUCCAAAACUACCACCAGAACUACCACCACCACAACCAUCAGAAGAACUUCUGCAAUGCUUCGAGUUCAAUCUUCUUCUGUUCUUGAGCUCGGUCACCACCUUCCCCAGCUUCUUGAUGUGGUCCAAAUACCACCUGGACACCCUUACCACCAACGAUUCUCAAGCUUUUCGCCGCAUUGAUGCUCAAACACUUUGCCAACUCAUGAAAUCCAUGAGUAGCGAAGAAUUUGCUGAG